UCUUCUCAUUCUCUAAGCCCGCAAAUUACCAAUAUUUCCUUCCACAAUUAAGCUUCUAAAUCUCUAGCAUUUGCAUUCAUGGCCACUCAAUCACCCUCCUCAUCUACUUCCGAAGAUACUAAGAAAAGAAAAAGAGACAAUUCAUCUUGUUCGGAAGAAGAUGAAAAAAUCAUAACCUCUUUCCCAACUACUUCCUCGACGCCUCGAUGGAAAUAUGAAGUUUUCCUUUGUUUCUAUGGUGAAGACACUCGCAAGAACUUUACGGAUCAUCUAUAUGUUGAUUUAAAACGGAAAGGCAUUCUCGUCUUUAGGGAUGAUGAAGCACUCAAGCAAGGGGAAUACAUUUCUCAAGCGCUUCUGAAAGCAAUUCAAGAAUCACAAUACGCGAUUGUUAUUUUUUCGGCAAAAUACGCUUUUUCCAAAUGGUGCCUCAUGGAACUUGCUGAGAUAGUUGAAUGGGAGGAAAAGAAAAAGCUCACAAUUCUUCCUAUUUUCUACCAUGUGGAUCCUUCUGACGUGAGAAAUCAAAGUGGGUCAUUUGCAGAAGCGUUCACUGCACAUGAAAAAGAUCCCAAGAUAGACAAGAAAGAUACGGAUAUGUGGAAAAAUGCUUUGAGAAAAGCCGGCAGUAUCGCCGGAUGGAACAUACUCCACAGGUACGAAUCAAUAAUUAUACAAGAAAUCGGUAGACGUCUAUCUCAUGAGUUGAAUUCUAGAUUCUCACGUCAUGAUUACGAUAAACUUGUUGCAAUAGACUCCCAUGUAGACAAAAUGAUGGAGUUAUUGGAUAUGGAAUCGAAUGAUGUUCGCUUUAUAGGAAUUCAUGGGAUGGGUGGCGUUGGUAAGACAAUGCUGGCCGAAAUAAUUUAUGAUAGAGUUUCUAAUUCUAAUUGUCGAUUUGAAGGAAGCAGCUUUAUUUCUUGUAUUAUAGAAAAUUCUACUAGUGCUGGUGAUCUAUCUUCUUUACAAAAAGAACUCUUUUCUACAAUCAUGCAAGAGGAAAUACAUGUAUACAAUCAUCACCAGGGAAUUGGAUAA